CAUGAGUAAUAAGAAAUAUAACAUAAUUAAGAGGAGUCACAGCCAGUACCCGUCAGCUGGCCGCCAUUCAAACCCGCCAAAAAAUAAAAUGGGCAGCACAUUACUUGCUACGGCUGGAAGUUCAAUUAAACUCUGGGACCUACAAGACUACUCCCUCCAGCAAGAAAUUCCUUCAGAAAAUGGUCGUAUACAGGGACUGACAUGGAAUCAGGAUGGCCAGUGCCUGGCAAGCUUAGGAAAAACAGGAGACAAGAUUUCUCUGACAGCUGUUAAUGCCAAAUCAGCUGCAAAUAUAGGAGCUGUGAAUGGAAUUAAAACACCAAGUUGCGUCAAAUUUGCCAGCCGCUCCCCUCAUUACCUAGGCAUUGGGAACAGAAAUGGUGCUGUCACUAUCUGGAAUGUAAAGUCACAGAUGCAGAAGAAAGUCUUUUCAGUUACAGAUGGCACCAUAGCACGAAUCAGCUUCAGUCACAAUGACUCUCACAUAACGGCAGCUACAGAGAAAGGAUCAAUCUAUUUGCUUUCUGUUGUUAAUAACUCCAUAGCCGGACCUUUUAAGAUAUUUGAUGAUGAGGUAGUGACUGAUUUGACUUACAGCAGUGUGAAGAAGCCCUUGUUAGGGUGUUGUUCUGACAGAGGAUCCAUCGCUUUGUUUGAUUCUCAUGUCAACAAGAUCGUUCAUUCCUUCCCCACAGCUCACAGUUCUCCGGUCUCUGCCAUAUUAUUCUCCCCCGUCAAUGAGCUGUUGAUGGUGUCUGCCGGAUAUGACAAACAAUUUGCUUGUUAUAACAUUCAAACAAAACAGCCAUUAAUAACUCGCCGAUGCUCAGCCCCCCUCACCAGUGCAACCUUUUUAGCUGGCGGCCAGCAGGUGGCUCUUGGUACUAUGACCGGGCAGGUGUUUAUACAUGAUCUCCGUAUGCUCCACCCACCAGUGGCCGAGAUUCCAGCAUAUAAUACAGCUGUAACAAAUGUGCUUCUUCAGCCUCCCUCUCGAUCUAGGUCUGAGAACAGUGCGGGCAGUCACAUGAAGAAUGUGAAACAGAGCCUUGAAGUAAGCCUUGGAGUGACCCAACCAUCCAAGUCCUGCUCAGGUACAUCUGAUGAAAGGCCCCCAAGUCUAAAGCCAUUGAAUUAUACGCCUCCUACAGAAAAUUCACAUUUACUAGAUGUUUUCUCUCCUAUAAGGUCCACAGAUCCCACAGCAGAGGUAAACAUGGAAGAGAUUUUAAAGAAUCCACCAAAGUUUAAUGUCUAUGGCUGUAGCUCAACAGAGUCAUUAGGCAUCCACGAUGUGUUCUCGCCAAUAAGAUCUACUGACGGGAAAAGAAGCUUCUCACCGUUGACUCACAAGUUGCCGACCCAUAACAUUGAUAUAGAUGACUUGUUGUCACCUUAUACAGAUGGUGCUCCCAGCUUAUUGAAUCAGAAGUCCAACAUACCUCAGAUAAAAAAAAUUUCUGAGGAAACUGGCUCUUGUAUUGCUCAAAAUAAAGAGAAUAUGGAACCCACUGGUGCCUUGGGGGAGAGUGAUGAUGUGGAGAUGGAGGAGGGCAUUCCAGAUUAUAAACAGAUUCCUGUUGUGAAAUCCAAAAAAGAUGAGGCUCCAUCUCCAUUGCAUGAAGUUACUGACUCUGAAGUAAAUGCUGCUUCAUAUGCGAGUCAAACACCUUGUAAAAAACUUGGAAAGGCUGCACACAAAACAUCAGUUAUGUCUAAACCAGAGACAAAUAAUUUUGAUGACUUUAAAAUGAGUGAGUCUUCAGUUAACAAUUUAAAAACAGAUAAUGAACUCACUAAUAAGUGUAUGGCAAGUCCUGAUAAAAUCCCCACAAGUUUUCCUGGGGUGAGUGGAACAUUAACAAGUGACUUGAGUACCUCAAGAACUACACCACUAACUGUUACAUCCAGCAAAGUGUCGUAUACAAGAACAUCACCGCCCAAAAAGAGACAAUUAUUGAGGUCCGUACAAGCUAGUGAUCUAGUGCCAGAAGGUGUAGGUGAAGUGAAGUCUACUGACGAAAGCUGUCAUUCAUUACCAGCAGCAAACUUAUCAGACAGAGUAAAACCAUGUGACAAUGGAGUACCUCAGUUGCAAGUAGAGUUGAUACGCAGUUGCAUGGCAGAAGUUAUGGAAGAGUUCCAGGAUGAUGUGAAUCGUCGUCUGAUGCACCUGCAGUAUGUGAUGACCAAGAAGUUUCUUGAGCAGCAGGAGAUGAUGGAACGACUUCACCGCCAGUAUUCUUUAAAUGAGGACUUGCUCGUGGAGAACGAACGGCUACGCCAAGAAAAUUCUCGUCUCAAAGCAAAAUACUGAGCAACUUAUUCUGACGUCUUUACUGCUUAUUUGGAAAUUGUUUAUUGUACUGUAUGGUAUGGUUUGGUUAAUGUAAAGAGGCCAUUGAUAGUUUUAAAGCCUAUUAACUGUACACUGAGAUCCUGGGCAGUUGUAAAAGACCAAAUCAAAAUCUUUGGUACUGUACACUAUGGAUCAGUAUGAUGAAAUGGCCUCUUCACAUUUUUCAGUGUAAUAUAGCUUUAUUUUGUAUAUUCCUAUAAAUAAAUGUGUUCAAUUAAAGAGCAUUUCAUAAAAUGGUGCCAGAUCAGAGUAAGACCUUCAGCCAUAGUAACAGGAGGCAUCAGAUCACUCAAAUGUAUAUACUGCUUCCAUUUAUCGUGCUUCUUUAUUUUUAUUAUUUUCCUCAACUUUCCAUUUACUAUUAUUCUUGCUUCUACCAAAUACUGAUAACAUACUUCCUGAGCUGCCCCUUUCACUUACCUCAUCUCAUAUUUUAAUCUGUCCCCUCCGUGAUCAAGUCUAACAAUGUUAUCUACUCCAUUGUUAUGCUUCCUAUUGUACUUAAAUUUUGAACUAGACACUGUACAUUAUUCCCUUUUGGAAAGCCUCUCUCAGCCUCCAAUUUGACCAGUCCACAUUUCCAUUCAUUCCUGACAUUUCAACCACUCACAUAUAUUUAAACCUGUCUACAUCAAACUUUCCUGUAAUAAAAUUUUCAGUGAAAUGA